CCGGAACAAAAGCUGAUUGGGAGUCUAUAGUAAAUUAAAGGGGGUUUUGGGGGUUCGGUGACAAAGAUGCCGCCACCGAUGAAAACCACCCACCAUAGGUCAAUGAAGAACCGCUCGCCCUCCCCGCCGCUGCACGUCCAUGUCGAUGAGAGCACUCCAGUACACGUCCAUAUUAAGAAGGGUCCGAAAAUCUCCUCCAAAGCACAGAAAGGGACCAAAAGUAAAUUGAAGAGUGAGGUGGGAAAUUUACGACGCUGCACUAAGGUCAAGACCAGAGUCCCCUGGAUCCCCCCAGGAAAGGCGUCCAUGCGCGAUGCGGGCUUCAAGUGGGAGGGUUUGACCCAUCGCUUGGAGAUCACCCCCCCAGACAUGGAGAAGAUGAUGUCAGCCCUGCGCAUGAGCGACCUGUCCACCGACGAAGAGGAGUACCUGCGCGGCAAGAUCAACUCCUACGAAAAAAAGAUAGACAGCUUGAUGUCUGAGGUUGGGACCUUGAAGAACGAGGUGGAGCAGAAGAAGAGGGACCACUCUGUGGAGAGAUAUGAAGAGCGACUGGCUGCCUCCCAGCGGGCACUGACUUCCAAGAACGAAGAGCUGAACGAGGUGUCUCUGGAGCUGGUGGAGACGGAGAAUGAAAACUCCCGUCUGAGGCGGAGCAUUGACCGAAUCAAGGAAGAGACCGACUUUAGCUUGCAGCAGAAACAGCAGCUGCAGCAAGAGAAGUCCCAUCUGCUGUCAAAACUGGUGGAAGCGGAGAUGGACGGGGCAGAAGCGGCGAGACAGGUUGACCAGUUGCGGGACACUAUAAACCAGAUAAGACAUGAGAAGAGAAUGACAAGUACAGACUUCAACCUGCUCACCCGGCAGAAGGAAAUCCUCCUGGAAAAACUGAAUACGUUUGAAGAGACUAACAGAACCCUGCGGACCCUGCUGAGAGAGCAGCACUGCCGAGAGAGCGAGACUCAUCGACUGCUGGAGCAGAAGGAGCUGUUACUGAGGAAGCUGUCUGACGCGGACACCGAGAGAGCGCAUCUCCAUCUGAGACUUCACGAGAGAGAAAAAGAACUGGAAGAUCUCAGGAUUCAGCUCAAAACAGAAAAGGAUCUAAGCAGGACAUCGACCGAAUUUACGAAGUCUCUAGAAGCCACAAGAGCUCACUUACAGGGGCAGCUGAGGAGCCGGGAGGCUGAGAAUAAUCGGCUGUCUGUCCAGCUGAGGAACAUGGAGCACAAUGAAGUCCGACAUAAAGAAGAACUUGAACUGCUGACUGUUCAACUAAACGAGCUCAGGCACAAACUUGAGUCGGACAAAGAAGGUCUGAAGAAAUCCGCUCGUGCCCAGAAGCAUCGGGCGGAGAAAAGUGAGGAAACGAUGCAGCUGCUUAAUAAUCAGCUCCUGGCAAAGGACGCCGAGCUUUCUUCCGCUCUAUCAAGCGUUGACACCUUUAAGAGCCAUUGUACCAAGCUGACGAAAGAGAGGAGUCAGAUGGAGUCUGAGGUCGCCCUGCUAAAUGACCGCUUGACCCAAAUGUUAGAAGAAAAGCAGCGCGCGGAGGAGAAGGCGCGCUCUGAGCGGGAAUCUUUGCUUGAUCGACUACACCAGGAGACAGCAGAGAACACUAGUCUUCGGCUGGAGCAGGAGAAACUGAAGACACAACUCACAACCGUGGAGGAGAAGCUGACUCUGGCUCACAGCGAGGUGCAUCAGCUCAAGAGUUCUCUGCGGCAGUACGAGGGUCUUGUGGACACCUACAAAGAUCAGAUGAAAAAAACCCGUCAAGAGGCCGAUCAGAUGUGCUUAAAGCUGGAAAGAUCCGACCUAGAGAAUAAGAACAUGAAGGAGGAAAUGAACGUGGAGCUCGAUCAGAUUCAUAGAAAAUUUCAGAAUCGUUUGGAAGAACUAGAGAAACUACCAGAGAUGCUGAAGAUGACUGAGAUGAAGCUCCAGGACUGUCAGGAGCAGCUUCAAGGAUACGAGCAGAAGAACUCAGAGCUUUCUUCUAUCAUCUCAGAUUUGCGAGUUCGGAUGGAGCAGCAGGGAGACAAGAUGGAGUCCACGCGAGAUCGAUAUCAGUCUGCGAUGGAAGAGAAUAAACUCCUAGCUCUGAAACUGGAAGAGUUAGAAAGGAGAUUAGACGACUCUGGAGCUCAGAACCGAGAACUUCUACAAGUGGUGGCCAAACGAGAAGAGACAAUUCAUCAGAACCAGCUGCGUCUGGAGGAGAAAACCCGGGAAUGUGCAUCCUUAUCUCGCCAGCUUGAGGCGGCCAUUGAGGACUCCCGUAGACAGGUGGAGCAGACCAGGGAGCGAACCUCAUCCAAAGAGAGGGUAACGCAGUCCAAACUCCUGGAUCUGGAGACACAACUGAGCAGAACCAAAACCGAAUUAAACCAAUUUCGCCGUAGCAAAGAAGAUGCUGACCGACGGUUCCAGAGCCGCCUUCAGGACCUAAAAGACCGACUGGAGCAGUCUGAAAGCACCAACCGCAGCAUGCAGAACUACGUCCAAUUCCUGAAGUCCUCCUACGCCAAUGUUUUUGGGGAGGGGGCUUUAUCCAGCUCCCCAAUCCGUCCACGAACCCCCCUCUGAAAAGAUGGACUAAAGUUCAAGGAUCAGGCUGAUCAGAAAGCGCAAAAGUUCCUGCAGAUAUGAUCGUCUUUGGAUCGCACCAUGAGGCCUAGAAUCAGAGAGUCGGAUCAAAUAGUAAAUUUAGAAAUCUUCUCCUUAGGGUCCAUUUCACACGUCCGUAGUGUAUUGUGGAUCCGCAAUACACCCGGCCGGCACCCCCAUAG